GUUGUGCACAUAACAAGGAUGUAAUCCAACCAGACCCUGUGAUGGUUACACACCUUGGACAAAGUGUAUCUCUCACUUGCUUUUGUCGAUCUAAUUUGAUGGUCAGAGUCGCUUGGUUCAAGCAAACUGUUGGACAGAAACCUCUUCUCAUGGCAUCAUCAUACUAUCGCACUCAAAAUAUUUUUAUUUCAACAAUUUUACCAAGGACUUUAAUGAGACUAAACGUUUGAGUGUGAAGAGAGGAGUUGACAGCUGUAACCUGACCAUCUCCAAGACAGAGUCAGGGGACUCAGCUACAUACUACUGUGGUGCUAUGGAAAUGGGUGAAGUCAAAUUUGGAGAAGGAACUGUUUUAUUUGUCAAAGGCAACUUAAGUCAGUACCUAAGUGAGUUCAUAUAAUGCUAAAUUAAUUAUCUAGCAGGAAAAUAGAAUGUACACACCAUGAUCUUACUCACUCUCUUCAGAUUCAGGGUCCAACAGCAUGUCUGUGAUCCAGCAGUCUGUGUCUGAGUCAGUCCAGCCAGGAGACUCUGUUACUCUGAACUGUACAAUACACACUGAGACCUGUGCAGGAGAACACAGAGUCUAUUGGUUCAGACAUGGCUCAGGAGAAUCCCAUCCAGGAAUCAUUUACACCCAAGGAGACAGGAGUGAUCAGUGUGAGAAGAGCCCUGAUGCUGGGUCUCCUACACAGAGCUGUGUCUACAACCUCCCCAAGAGGAACCUCAACCUCUCUGAUGCUGGGACUUACUACUGUGCUGUGGCCUCAUGUGGGGAGAUACUGUUUGGGAAAGGGACCAUGCUGGACUGUUAGUGAUAUUUUGACAUUUCUAAAUAGUCGUAAAAUUCUAUGCCUGGUUGAACAAAAUGUCCUGAAUUUCCUCUAUCACUGUCUGUAUUUCUACAGAUGGUUGUAAGGAGGACCAUGUUCUCUUGGUGUACUGUCUGGGUGUAGUGUUGGCUCUUUGUGUCAUCCUCAUCAUUGUCCUUGGUUGUGUUUUGUAUAAGAUGACCAAGAAAACCUCUCUGCUGUGCAGAGGUAAGUGUUAUCAUUGCCCCCAAUAUAUGGUUAAAUUGUUGGUGCUGUAUACAUUACAUGUUUUAGUCGUGAAACUGGGUAAAUUCAUUGUAUGAUGAUGAUGUUGAUGAUGAUGAUACCUUCAUGUUUGUCUAAAAGGAACGCAUCCUCAGCCAAGUGGUCCGGUUGUCCCCAGUUCUCAUAACCAGGUAUGCAGAACUUAUAAUGAACUAUUCUGAGCAUGACUUUGACUAAUUGUAAACAGAUCUUUCUAUCAAAUUAUCAGGUCAUUUCCUGAUGUCUUUGGAAUUUAUUUUGCUAUUCCUCUUAGGAUCAAGAAAAUGAUGACACACUCACGUCGGUCCAUUACGCUGCUCUGAAUGUCAUCCACAAGAAGCCAAAGGCCCAGAGACAGAGGAGCACCAUGGAGAAAGACACUGUGUAUUCUGGGGUGAGGUGCCAAAACAUGGAC